AUGGGUAAAAGUCACAAUAUAAAUGAAGUAUUCACUGGUGGAGCAACCACGUCCCAACAUAUUGAUGCUGAAGAUGACGACCACUUCAACAAUACCACCUUUAAAUUGAAAAGAACUCGGUCCCUUGGUCUUUUAGAUGAAUUCAUCAGUCCGUUGGAGGAAGCUAAUAAGCAAGAAAACAAGGAUUCAACGCGAGAAGAACAGGAAUCCGAAGCUAUCGAAGAUCCCCCCACUAACACCUCCAAACCAACCGACAAUAAGCUAUCAAUCAACACAUCUCUUGAAGACCAGCACACCGAAAAUGACAAACCUGACUCAGAUAAAGCUGUCAAGACGCCGUUCAGCCCCGAGUUUAUACCCCAUGAUGAUAAUGAUAUCAUCAUAGAGCCCUCUAUUCAUGUCGACUACUUCAGUCACCAAUGGGAUGUAUCGGACAUAUCCAAAUCUUGGAGAUACAUCAUUCAAAAGAGAAAAGAUGUUGCCAACUCAGCUCGGUUAGAGAAUGCUAGUUGGAGAACUUGGGCCCAAAGAAGACUGAAUUUGAAAACCAUCAAUCCUAAAGAAUUAAACUGGUCAAAAGAAAAUGACAUAACUUGGCUCUAUGGUCCAAUUGUUCAGGAAGCCGAUGCUUCUGAUGAUGAACAUGAUGAACAUGAAGAACAUCAUAAAUCUACUACCGCUACAUCCAAAGUGGCAGGUGACAUUUCGAUACCGAACAAACCAACUAAGAAAAGUAUUUUAAAGAAGCGGUCAGUUCAGGACAUGAUGAUCAGCCAUGCCAACUUGGUCAAAUUAGAGGCAAUGGAGAAUAGAAUGAAAUUGAAGAAGGCACAAAGAAAAGAACAGUUGAGGAAGUACAACGAAGAGAAUAAGGGUCAUAAGAGAACUAGUUCCAACGAGCCACCAGAGUUUGAUGACUACGAAGCAAUUUCUGAAAAAUUGAACUCUCAGUAUAGAGUGAGUUCGAAUCAAAGUAGUUCAUUGAAUUUGAUAGGAAUGGUGGACAGUAAGUCUAAUCCAAACAUAGUUAACGAAAAUAAUCUCAAGGAUUUGGAUAAGCAAAUAUCCAACAUAGAUUUGGGAGACACAAUAAGCGUUGAACCCAAGGAACCGGUUUCAAAGCAAUCAUCGAAUGCCAGCAAUACAGACUCAAUUUCUGAUAAGAAGAGUCGUCGUAUUCAUUUCAACGAUGUGGUCGAACAAUGCAUUGCUGUUGAUGUUAUUGAGGAUGAUUCUCAUGAUUAUGAUUCAAAUUUCUCUGAUGAAGAAGAAGACAACGAUGAAGAAUACGAAUAUUACAAUAAUGAAUCCAAUAAGUCUCAACAGAGCUUUAUUUUCACUGGUCACAAUGAUUUUGAGGAUACCAAUGAUCCAGAUAUAUUGGGCAAUGAUUCUGAUUCGGACUCUAAUGAUGAAGACGGAGGGUUCUUCUUAAAAGUGAAAUCCCCUUCAAGUUCUAGUUUGGCUCCUCCUCUGGUGAGUAGAGACAAACAAUUGGAACAAGUCAAAACACAAGACCCAUACCCUGGCUCUCAAUCGUCUCUUGAUGCUGAUGCUACUUCAAUCUCAACAACCAGCUCAAGGAUUUACCGAACGAUCCAACUAUUGCCAUCAACCACCUUGAAUUAUGGUUCCGACGAGGCAUCAAGUGACGAAGAAAACCCUUACACUUCUAGUUUGUCUCAUAAUGUGAAUAGUUCAAGCAGCAGAGGUUACGACUACUAUUAUGACUACAACACUGUGUAUACGGUUGAUCCUAAUCAAGGGGGCUAUGGAGAUAGUGCCAAUAACAAUACUCCUGAUGUGGUUGACUUACCUGAGGACUUGGCUCCUUAUUCAAGCUAUGAUCUGGUUACCGAAGGAGGACAUGAAUCAUUACCGAUCAUUGACUCUCAAGUAAUCAACAACAAUGUUAUCUACAACAACAGCCCAAACACUGGUCCACAUAGCUCAUUAACUUCACCCACAAAUUUGCCAGGACCCGGACUUCCACGCUCAAACCCAGGAGGUUUCAGCCUCAAUGAUUCAGAUUCGGAUUCAGACUCAGACUCAGAAGAUGAAGGAUUGUCAAUUUCUACCCGUUCCUCAAGUCAGUCUUUAGCCCAACAGGCUUAUCAGUCUAUGACUCCAGCAAAUACCCUUCCAGUUGAUUACGAAAAUAAGUCAAGUUCAGGAGUAGGAUUGAAUCCUACUCCUGUGUCCAAUACGGUCAGUUCUAUCAAUCCUCGACAUUCAUCGUCAACCGGGUUGUCUAAACAAUCCAUCUCGUCUAACUCAUUGACCAGUCAGUUUUUUGGUACGACCCCCAUUAGAGGUCCGUCAUCUACAUCGUUAGCCGACCAGUUCUUUAAUAUGGAACCUUCGAGCUCGAAUGAGAAGUCAUCCCCAAGAUCUUAUCCCCAACAAACCCAACGCAAAGCUUCUCCUUUACCACCCCAUACCACAUCUGCCAAUGCGUUCCUGGGAAACACAACUCCACCGCUUGAAAAACAAAUUAAACGUAAUAAAAGCAGCACAUUCACGUUCGAUUCAGAUAGUGAAAGUGAAGAAGAAUUUGUGGAAGAUGUCCAGGAGAAUGUGGUUCAGGAUUCCCCAACAUUUUCGUCUCCCAAUAGCUUUGAGUCUUCAUAUAAUUCGUUAUCUCAAGUGGCAGGCAAAAAUGGAAUAGGUGGGUCAGAGGAAGCUGCUCCAAGAGAUAAGAACAUUGUCAAUCAGGCUCGGGGAUUGGCCAAUCAUUUUUUGGGUAAUUGGAAACACAACGAAUCAUAAAUACAAACCUUUAUCACAUUAGUUGCAUUUUUUGUAAAUAUAAAAUUACAUUCCAAAUCGCCA